AUUGCAAAUAAGUUACGCUAUAAAAGCUGUACAUACUAUGAUCAAAGCCGUGACGAAACUCCGGACGGAAUAUUGCCAGACAAAAACGGGUUCAUGUACAGGAUUUGUUGAAUCAUUUAAGCAGGGAGAUAUGAUCGACGCUAUUUCCGGACUCCAAAUCGACUUCCAAAACGACUUCUCCUGGACACCUGAUUCCCUACAAGACGAAAGUUUGGAAUUUGACCAAUCAGGGACAGUCACGCAAAAGGACGGCAAAUCAUCGUAUGAGCUAUUUAAUAUCCAGUCUUCAGAGAGUUCGAAUGAAAUCAAAUUCGAAAAGAUAGGUAAAAUGAUUGGCAAUGAAGUUAAAGUGGACUUGAAUAAAAUCCGUGAUUACCGUGCAUCUGGUGAAGAGUUACUGUGGCCAGACGUUCGCAGAGCCCAGUGUUCACCUGGUCAGAAAUGCUCUGAAUGCACGCCCUUAUUAGAAUUACAAGAACGUGUUUUAUUUGAGCCAGGCGACGUAUAUUUAGUUGGUGUAGUUCCCAUUUUUCAUACGAGCGGUACGCAAGAGUGUGGUGCAAUAUCAGACAAUAGCGGAUACCAACUCGCUGAAUCUAUAAGGUUUGCCGUAGAAAAAGUAAACAAGAAAAGUGGUGAUUAUUCGAACUUCUAUCCUGAGCUUAAAGUGGGCUCAAUCAUCAUCAAUUCAUGUAGGAAUCCAGCUGUUGUCCAAAGGAAAAUAUACGAUCUACAUGCUAAUGGAGUUUCGAUUGACAACAACACAGUUGUGAAGGUCGAUGAUAAAAUUCUAGGUUAUGUUGCCGAAUACACAAGCACUGUUAGCAUGGCUGUAGCUUCAACAUUGUCGUUUCUGAAGUUUGUACAGAUAAGCUACGCGUCAACAAGCCCGGCAUUGAGUGACAGGUCUAAAUUCCCGUACUUCAUGCGUGUAGUUACACCGGAUGAUGCUCAAGCAAAAGCCAUGGUAGAAAUGAUGAAGAAGUUGAAUGCAGAUUACAUACAAAUCAUUCAUAGUGCUGGCGAUUAUGGUGAAGCCGGUCGAGAUAAAGUCAAAGAAUUCGCAGCUUCUAACAAGAUUUGUGUUAUUCAGAACAUUUCCUUUAACGAGGGCGAUAGCGAGUUUCAAAUCUAUGACAAACUAAGAACAUACGCUCAAGCAAAGAUAGUUGUAGUUUUCUUGUACCCAGAUCAUCUUAUUAAGAUCAUGUCUGCUUUCACUACACAAAUGAAGCGAGGGGAUUUCGUUUUCAUAGGAUCUGAAGCAUGGGCACGUGAUACAACCGUAUUAGCUAGUGACAAAAACCAAAUUCUUUUGGGUUCUUUCACCGUUUCACUCGAAAUGUACAAAGACCGAGAACUUCGAAACCACGCCCAGAACAUAAAAUCUAAGACUUACAUCGAAGAUCCAUGGGCUAUGCUGUUUGUUCAAGCCGAGAGGAAGUGCUAUUUUGAUCUCAGUUUUGACAAAACACAUGUCGAGCAAUGCAAUGACUCUAAUGACUACAGUCAGGAUCCAAACUUCAAACUAGAUACAUACGAUACACAAGCUUACGUCGCAGCAAAGAGUCUCCUGGCAGGUGCAAAUGAAUUUCUAAAAUCAAAAUGUGGUUCGCACGCAAAAAACCUUUGCAAAGAUUUCAAGGAUAACACAAAAGGGCUUGUUAAUGAAAUAUUGAAUAUUAAGAUGGACUUGGAUGGAUCAGGGAACAAGAUGAAAGUUUUUGACAAAAACGGUGAUGGAAAUGUAGGUUACAGAAUCUACAACAUACAAAAAGAUGACGACGACCUAUCAAUGCUUCUUUAUAAGGAAGUUGGAAGGUAUCCAUUGGAAGGCACUUUUACGUUUGAGGCAAGCAAGAUAAGCUAUCCGAAUGAUGUGUCAAUUGUUUCAAGAUGUCCUAAUAAACAAGCAUGUAGUAAUUGUUAUGCGGUAUCAAAGGACACAGACAUUAUUGACAAAGACUCAAAAGAUGGGGAAACGAAUGUUGAAGGGAUUAUGGUGAAGGUUCUGGGUGCGUUGUUUGGGGUAGCUGUUAUUAUAGGAAUUGUCCUUGCAGUAUUACUCUGCAGGCAAAAGAAGCAAUUCGAUAGCCCUCAUAUAUAUAUGCGUGCGCGAAAUGGCUUUGCGAAUGACUGUGAAACCGUGUCGAGGGAGGCAACCACACCAAGUAAAAUAUACAUGGAAAUACCUGUGCAGCAUGAACGUAGAUAUGUGCCUAUGAGCAGUGCUAGUGCAAGCCCUUGUGACACCGUGUAAAUAACACGACACCGUUUAAAUGUCUCAGAAUUCUUCAGUAUAUAGCUAAAACAGUAUUUUUACAUUGUCUGUUGUAUUAUAAUUUUCAAUUUGUCCAAAUCAUAUUCAUGUACUUUCCUAUAUUCCAAAGGGUCAUAAUUUAAGCUGGACUAAC